UUAUAGAAGUCAUGAUUACAAGUCCCAUAACAUAAUCCAACAUCAAAUAUCAAAUGAGUUUUAAGUUGUGACAAGAUCUCAAUUCUACACAUAAAGGUCAGGGGGGAAAAAUGAUAGGAAUUUUCCUGCUUUUAGUAUUUCAACUUCUGUGGAAUCUUCCUAUCAUUGUUCAUGCCCAGAAUCAAUCAGGCUUUGUUAGCAUUGAUUGUGGACUUGUGGAUGAAGCAAGUUACAAAGAUGAAACAACUUCCAUAUAUUACACUUCAGAUGCCAGCAUCAUAGACACUGGUGAAUGCCACAACAUAUCACCCAAAUAUAAGGCCUCUUCACUUGCCAAACAGUUCUGGAAUGUUAGAAGUUUCCCAGAAAGAAUCAGAAACUGCUACACCCUUAAGGUCCCUCAAGGAAGAAGCAGCAAGUAUCUACUAAGGGCAAGGUUCAUGUAUGGAAACUAUGAUGGUAAAGAUUCACUUCCUCAAUUUGAUAUCUAUCUUGGAACCAAAUGGUGGCAAUCUGUAGUGUUGAAGGAUCCAACCAGUGUAAUAACCAAGGAAAUCAUCUUUGUUGCUGCCUCGGAUUAUGUUCAUGUUUGCCUAGUUAACACCAACAAGGGUACACCUUUCAUAUCAGCUUUGGAGAUUAGAGUUCUUGACAGUGAUGCCUAUCUUAUUAACUCCAUCGAGCUUCUCGCCCGGUAUGACAUAGGAUUACAGGAAGAUAAAACAGUCAGAUACCCAGAUGAUGUCCAUGAUAGAAUAUGGACACCUUACAAUUCAAAAGAUUGGAAACAGAUAAACACUUCUCUUGCUAUAGACAAAGAAUCAUCUUCAUACAACUUUUUACCAUUACCAGCCUCUACUGUGAUGGAAACAGCAGCAAUUCCAACAAACAACAAUGCUAAUAUAGAAUUUAACUUCUAUCCCAAGCAUAAUGCCUCUGCAUACUAUGUGUACUUCUUCGUUGCCGAAAUCCAGAAACUUGAAGCAAAUCAAUUUAGAGACUUCAACUUUUUUGUGAAUGGGGAUCUUCUUAAUGGUUCUCCAGUGAAUCUUAAGUACCUGCAGAGCGUGUAUUACAUAUCAAUUUUGGAGAAACCACGGUUGGAACUUUGGAUUAACAAAACAACCAGAUCAACACUUCCCCCUCUUUUCAGUGCCAUUGAGAUAUAUAUGACUAAGAAUUUCUCACAAUCACAAACAGACCAAACUGAUGCUUCUGCUAUCAUGAAUGUGAAGUCAAAUUAUGGGAUAAAAAGAAAUUGGCAAGGAGAUCCAUGCAUUCCACUAAGUUACAUGUGGGAUGGUGUUAAUUGCAGCAAUGCUGGUUCUUCUCCAAGGAUCAUAUACUUGAACUUAUCUUCCAGUGGUUUAACUGGAAAUAUAACAUCAGCCAUAUCCAAUUUGAAGUCAAUAGAAUAUUUGGAUUUAUCAAACAACAGUUUGACAGGAUCAGUGCCUUAUUUCUUAUCUCAACUUCACUCCUUGAGAGUUCUGAACAUGGAAGGGAAUCAGCUAACAGGAGCAGUUCCAAUGCAACUCAGAGAGAAUUCAAAUAAUGGCAUGCUCAAAACCAGUUUUGGAGGAAAUCAAGGUCUUUGCUAUUCAGGUUCAUGCAGCAAUAGUAAUAAAGUUGUGGUUCCAUUGGUGGCAUCACUAGGUGGAGCUUUUGUGAUUCUAGCAACAGCAAUCACUUCUUUCCUCAUAUUCAAAAGACAUAGUGUAGCCUCUGAAAUGGGGAAUCUGAGAGCAUAUUCAAGAAUAAAGAUGGAGUUAGAGUCAAAUAAACAGCAAUUUAGCUAUGCUGAAGUCCAAAAAAUUACCAAAAAUUUUAAAAGGGUUGUGGGAAAAGGAGCAUCUGGAAUCGUGUAUCAUGGCUAUGUAGGUGAUACUGAAGUUGCUGUCAAAAUGCUGUCUCCUUCAGACUCAAACUCAGCCCAAGCAUAUCUACAAUUUCAGGCAGAGGCAAAACUUCUGGCUGUAGCUCAUCAUAAAUGCUUGACACCUCUUAUAGGAUAUUGUGAUGAUGGCACAAACAUGGCUCUCAUCUAUGAAUACAUGCCUAAUGGAGACUUAGCCUACCACUUAUCUGAUAAAAGUGAAACUAUAUUGAGUUGGCAACAAAGAAUUCAAAUUGCAGUAGAUACUGCAGAAGGAUUGGAGUAUCUACAUGAAGGUUGUUGUCCAGGAGUUGUUCACAGAGAUAUAAAGUCAAAGAACAUAUUACUAACUGAAAAAUUUAGAGGUAAAUUGGCUGAUUUUGGUUUGGCCAAGAUCUACCCUAAUGAAAAUGAUACACACAUGUGCACUGUGGUUGCUGGCACCCCCGGAUACCUUGAUCCGCUGUACCACAGAUCAAGCAAGUUGAGUGAAAAAAGUGAUGUUUAUAGUUUUGGAGUGGUUUUGCUUGAGAUAAUUACAGGGCAUCCAGCCAUAACCAAAACAGAAGAGAAAGUUCACAUAAUUAGAUUGGUUGGAUCAAUGCUUAGUGAAAGGGAGGUGAAUGAUGUUGUGGAUCCAAGAUUAGAAGGAAACUUUGAUGUUGACUCUGCAAAGAAAGUCUUGGAUAUUGCAAUGGCUUGUGUAGCAGCUGCUUCCAUUAACAGGCCAGCAAUGAGUUAUGUUGUUGCUCAACUCAAAAAAUGUUUGCCAGCUGAUGAUGAUGAUGUUCAAAAUAGGAUUACUGUAGUUAAUCAUCUGUUGCAUGAUUCUGACAUUCAUCAAAGUUUACCGGGCAGCAUUAUUGAUAUAAUUAGUGGACAGAGCUCCCUAGAAAGGUAGAGAUUAUUUGUAAAUUUUAAAAUGUAUAAAUCUAAUUAUUUAUUCCA